GAUGAGUAGUUAAAGGUUUAAAAUUUAUACGGAGUAUAUAGAUGAAUGUUUUCCAGUUGCCACCGACCAACCGUUAAUUCACAACCUUCUCUUUAAACAAAAUAAUCAUAUACUCCGUGCGUAGAAGGUUAGACACCAAGCUAGCUAGUAAUCCGAUCCAUAUAAUAAUGAGGUACAAUAGUAAGCAAGUAUGGAGUAUUGUUCAUUUUCUUGUGCUAAGUUUGGUAUCAUCGGCAUUCUCUAAUAGUAAUAGUGGGGCAACUACGUCGGAUUGGAAUUCAACCAUUGUCAAAUUUCUUCCUGGCUUUCCUGGAGCUCUCCCUUUCGUCCUUGAAACUGGAUAUAUUGGAGUUUGGGAGGAGCAAGUGCAACUUUUUUAUUACUUCUUUGAAUCAGAGCAGAAUCCAGAAACAGAUCCACUUUUGAUUUGGUUCUCUGGAGGACCUGGUUGCUCUGGCUUUACUGAUCUUAUAUUUGGGCAUAUAGGUCCUCUAUACUUUAACUAUUCGGGGCUUCACUAUAACUACACAACAUCAAGUUUUGUGGUUGAUGAACCAAGUCUUGAAUCAAAUCCUUAUUCUUGGACCAAGGUUGCAAACAUAAUAUUUAUUGAUUCACCAGUUGGCGCCGGGUUCUCCUAUGCGACUACUCCAAUUAGCAAAUCUUUGCAACCUAGUGAUACAAUGACGUCAACGCAAGCAUAUGAGUUUCUGAAAAAGUGGCUUAUGGUGCAUCCUAAAUUUUCAAGGAAUCCUGUUUACAUAGUUGGUAUUUCGUAUACUGGAAAAGUUACUCCAUCUCUUACAUGGCAGAUUGUAAAUGGGAAUGAAGCAGGAUCUGGGUCAAGAAUUAAUCUUCAGGGAUAUAUUCUCGGGAAUCCGUUAACUGAAUGGUACCUUGAUGACCAAGCACCUGUUGACUAUGCUCGUCGGAUAUCUCUACUUUCCGACGAGCUUUAUGAGGCAAUUAAAGUAAGUUGCGACGGCGAUUAUCGGAUAAACAUUGUUCAUGCGAAUGCACAAUGCUCGAAGAAUCUUGAAGCUGCAAUGAAUUUAUGUAAUCCAAUAGUAAAUGACUAUGUCCUGGAUCCCAAAUGCGUCGAUUCUUCACCAGAAAUGUGGUGCCGGGUGACGCAAUCUGCUACCGAGCUUGUGGAGUGCUAUCGGAGCUAUCAGCGUCGUUUAAAACGAUCGCAAGCUGAGAAAGAGAAGCUUCAGACGGACCUUGCUGAAUCGGUCAGGACUGAAGGUGACUGCCGGAAGGAGAUUGCGAGACUUGAGCUGGAUGUUAUUGCCGCAGGCAAUAGGAAGGCUGAACUAGAGCUUCUUCCAGCCAAGUUGACGGCCGAAGAGCAGAAGACGGCUGAGCUGCAGAUCAAGCUGGAUGCGGCGCUGCAGGCGGCCCAAGAUGCUGAGAAAGCUGCUAAGGAUGAUCGCAAGGCUGUGGCGCUGAAGGCUGUGCAGAAAUUCAUGAAGUCUGACUUCUACUGCGAGGAGAUGAAGGGGCGCUACAAUGGUGGGUGGACUGCAGCUCAUCGUUGUGCCGUCAAAGCCUUGACGCUGACUGAGGAUGCCUGGGGUAAGGUGGAGGGAUCCUAUGAAGAGGGUGGCCAUAUUGAUCCGACUGGCAUGGAGACCCAGACCUUCCCAGACAUCGUCAUUCAGAAUGCUGACCCUCGCCUUCUGCCCGACAGGGAGAUUCCCGAGUCUGCUUACUGGAGUGAUGCAGACUACUCAGCUUGACGGUCUUGGCAGUCAUCACCAGGCUCUUCUUGUGGUUCUUCCAACAGUUUUUUCCGGCCUCAUACUUGUUAAUGUCUGUUGGUAGCUUUUGAAUAUCAUUUAGCGGAUGUAACUUAUAAACAAUUUCCUUUUUUGGUACCUUUUAGCUGUUUGUGGCACUUUGUCUUUUGCCGUGUGUUAACUGUUUCAAGAACGUUAUUGUCGUCUUGGCUGCGCCGUCUGAGGCGUAUGUUUGUGCCUUUUAGCAGCUACUCACUCCGCAUUUAGUUAUUUUUGGGUGGUGGCUGUCGUCCCUGUAUUUGUUUAAAACCUAUGUGAUGCACUUGAUGGAUUAUCCGUUUGUUUUUAUUCAAUUUGUCACGUAAUGGCGUCGUUUUGCCUUUGAUUUUAUUAUAUAUUGCAUCUUGCCUCUUGUCGACUGGGCCAAUGUGUUCAACCCUUGCAUAUGCUUAUGUCGUAUUUUGCCUCGUUGCUGACUGAGCCAAUGUGCUCACCCUUAGAUUUUAAUUUUUACUGUAUCUUGCAUCAUUGCUGACU